AUGAAAUUUGAUGAUGUACAAAAAAUAUUCUAUGAAAAUAUUCAUCGACGUUAUCAUCGUUAUUGUCGAGAAUUAUUUGCACAAUUAAUAUGUUUAGAUUUAAAUAUUAAACCAGCUUAUUUAUUUGAUUUAUUUCCAUUUUCUAUACAAAAUAUGAGAAAUUUAUUAAAUUCUUUAUCAAAUU